GCAGCCCAAGCGGCCCUGCGCGAGAACAAAUCAGGAAGUGCUAGUUGGACAAGCUUAGCUAGCCAGCUAGUUUUAGUCUGACCAGUUAGUUUGGCAAGAACCCAGUAGUUCCAAUGGGGCUGUUCGGCAGAACACCAGAGAAACCACCAAAAGAACUGAUCAAUGAAUGGUCUCAAAAAAUAAGGAAGGAAAUGAGAGUGAUUGACAGACAAAUUCGAGAUAUUCAAAGAGAACAAGAAAAAGUUAAAAGAUCCAUCAAAGAUGCUGCCAAAAAGGGCCAGAAAGACGUGUGUGUGGUCCUUGCAAAGGAGAUGAUUCAGUCAAAACGGGCCGUCACAAAACUUUACGCCUCCAAAGCCCACAUGAACUCCGUGCUUCUGAGUAUGAAGAAUCAACUUGCUGUACUGCGUGUAGCUGGGGCCCUGCAGAAGAGCACAGAGGUCAUGAAAGCCAUGCAGAGUCUAGUAAAAAUCCCAGAAAUCCAGGCCACUAUGAGGGAGCUGUCAAAGGAGAUGAUGAAGGCUGGCAUCAUUGAGGAAAUGCUGGAAGACACGUUUGAGAGCAUGGAAGAUGGAGAGGAGAUGGAGGAGGCAGCAGAGGAGGAAGUUGACAAGAUCCUCUUUGAGAUAACAGCAGGUGCUCUUGGCAAAGCGCCGAGCAAAGUCACAGAUGCGUUGCCUGAGAUGGAACCGGAAGGAGCAGCUGCAGCUUCAGAGGAGGAGUCAGAGGAGGACAUUGAAGCAAUGCAGUCAAGAUUGGCAGCACUGAGGAGCUAAGGUGAACUGCCUCAGCUCUGUCUGUCAAUGUCAGUUUGCUCACUCCAGAAAGGACAGAGACUAUUCUGGUGCAGGGUUUACAGUGUUGAGAAUCCCCUUUGCUUCAUAUUAUAAUUACAAUUUUACAUAAUCAUUUGGGGUUAACUUUGUGCUAUAACAGUUAAUGUUUUUUAUAUAGAACAUCUGGUUGACUCAGCCAGAUGAAAGAGUGGUUUUGCUUUUUGUCUUUAAUUGCCAGGGGGUAACCCUCGGUAAGUCUUUAUUAUCCAAAGUCAAACAGAAGGUUUAAGAAGGUGUAUAUAAUGUAAGUAUGAAAAGCCUGCCGUGCCUACAGCGCUUCAUCUUAUUCUUCUGUCCUAAGGUAUGGACUGGUGGUGGAGGUACUUGGGUAUUUAUGAUCCAAACAAGUGACUAAAUAGUUGUCGUUAAGUCACGUCCUAGAUCACUGUUCAGCAGUAGAUUUAAUCUCUUAGGAUACAUUUUGUAAGCAGCAGCUGUUCUGUUUACCAGUAGUUAGCCUACAAUAUCUGAAACACUAGAGGUGAUGGGUGAAGUUCACUUUUGAUAGUUAAUUUUCUGUACAGUCAAAAUGUAUCCGUUCUAUAUGUGGUCCUACAUGUUAAGUACACUCAUGAGAAAAUUGCACGCAUACGACCCUAACUCAUUUCUGUUGCAUUAACACUCCGCUUGUUAAAUCUCUGACUUUGCAUUACAACAGAGCUCCUUCUCGACAGAAAGAUCCAGACGAAAUAGAAAAGGUGGUCAGUGCAGAACUUAUGUAUUGUGGAAGUAUAGUGUGUAUAAUUUUUCUAUGUGAAUGGAGAAAAAAAAAUAACAAAUAAACUUUUAAGAAUGAAGGUGA